GCCCGGCUGGCCAUGAAAGCCCUCGGAGCGGAGCACCGGCUCGGCAUUCGCCGGUUGGAUCAGCUGCAGCAGCGCGGGCCACCAUGAGCGGGUACGUUGGCGACCUCAGCGCCAAGCAGGAGGAGGCGCUGGCCAAGUUGCAACCCCACCUCCUUGAACUUGAGCAACACUGCACGGACACGCGCAACCAGUUCCUGUGGGUCUUUUCCAGCAAUCAAAACAUCAUCAAAAAAUGGCAAGACCCCCGGCAGACCUCUUAACAGGCGUUCCAUGAGCCCUUGAAAAAUCCCUGGGGCCACACAAACUCCGAACUGUAAUCUGUUAACUCUGAACGCCCCUUUAUGUGUGACAAUAGUCUGUGCUUCCGCUGAUUGUGGGGUUACUGGCAGCUGUUGUUCCGCGAGAACAUCCAGGAUAUCUUUCCUCUGAUGCCUCUCACAGAGGACUACUAUCUCUUGAAAUGGCUCCGAGCUCGGUGUUUUGACUUGCAGAAGUCUGAAGCCAUGCUCCGGAAGCACAUUGAAUGCCGGAAGCACAUGGAUGCAGAUCAUAUCCUGGAUUGGAAGGCCCCAGAGGUCAUUACGAAGUACAUGGCCGGGGGAAGAUGCGGUUUUGACCGGGAAGGCUGCCCCAUCUGGUACGAGAUCAUUGGACCUCUCGACGCCAAAGGGAUCCUCUUCUCAGCUUCGAAACAAGAUUUGCUUAAAAAAAAGUUCCAGGACUGUGAGCUUCUACGGCAUCUGUGUGUGGAGCAAAGUGAGAAGCUGGGGAGGAGAAUUGAAACUGUCAUGAUGAUUUACGAUUUUGAAGGGCUGGGCCUGAAGCAUCUCUGGAAGCCAGCUGUGGAUGCCUAUUCUGAGCUUCUUGCCAUGUUUGAAGAGAACUAUCCUGAGUCCCUUAAACAAGUCUACGUUAUAAAAGCUCCCAGGCUCUUCCCCGUGGCUUACAACUUGGUGAAGCACUUUCUGAGCGAAGACACUCGGAAGAAGAUUGUGGUCUUAGGAGCUAACUGGAAGGAGGUUUUGCAAAAGCACAUCGACCCCUCACAGAUCCCCAAGGAAUAUGGGGGAACCCUCACAGACCCAGAUGGAGACCCCAAAUGCAAGACUAUGCUUAACCAUGGUGGAGAAGUCCCCAAGAAAUACUACGUGCGAGACCAGCUGAAGCAGCAGUAUGAGCAUUCAGUGAUAGUGAAUCGGGGCUCCUCGCAGCAGCUGGAAUACGAGAUCCUCUUCCCGGGCUGUGUCCUGAGGUGGCAGUUCAUGUCGGACGGGGCCGAUAUAGGCUUUGGUGUCUACCUGAAGACCAAAGUUGGGGCGCGCCAGCAUGCCAGCGAAAUGGAGGAAGUGCAUCCCAACCAGCGCUACAACGCUCACAUGGUGCCCGAAGACGGCUCAGUCACCUGUGCGGAUCCAGGGAUCUACGUCCUGCGGUUUGACAACACGUACAGCUACAUCCACGCCAAGAAAAUCAGUUACACCGUCGAAGUGCUACUUCCGGACAAGAAAGUGGAAGAAGACUUCCAAAAGGUGGAGGAGCAGACGAAAGAGCUGAAGAUAAACCACGCCUGAUGGAGCUUUCUCUCCCCUCCAACCCGCAACCCCCCCCCCCCCACACACACCAAGGUGGCAAUCCUAAAAUCCUUGGGAGGGGUGGGUUUAUUGGGCAGAAGAGUGGAAGGAACAUUCCCAAGGAUGGUGGGGGGAUUUGAUUUGGGGCGGUGGAGUGGAUUAUUUUUGCAGUUGGACCUAUUGGUCUCUUCCUGUCCCUGCUGUGGGACAUUGCCCACCAGCAGCUUUUUUUUUAGGGUAAUGGGGAUUGAUUUGGCGAUGCUAAUGGGCAGAGGAGAGCUGCUUUUUCUGUCUCUCAAGCUCUGUAGCCCGGCCUCCAUGUUUACAUGGCCCCUGAGACCCGGCGGGCAUAGCGAACCUUUUUUCCUUCCCUCGUGGCGCUGCAUUUCUUCAAGUCACAGGCCACGG